CACGUCUUUAUCGCAAUUCCUCACCUCGUUUCCUGUCAUUUCAGCCUCCUCACUCCUCACCCUUCUCUUCUGUGACGCCAAAAUCUCCCAUCUCCUCUCUCUCAUUCUUUCUUCUCACUGCUACACUCAUUCACUUCUCUUUUUACUGAACAUCUCUUUCUCCAUGGGGACCAGAAUCCCUUCUCACCAGCUCAGAAAUGGCCUUCUAGUUUCAGGUCCUCCCGAGCAUCUCAAGGAGAAGCAGCCCACAAUGGCAUCGCGUGCCGUCCCCUACACUGGCGGUGACGUCAAGAAGUCCGGUGAACUUGGCAAAAUGUUUGACAUCCCUGUCCUCGAUCAACACUCCCCUUCUGGUCCUCCUCCUCCUAUACCCAAGCAAUCCUCUCGCUCUUCCUCCUCUUCUCAACACAAUAGCGGAUCUGUUCGAUCCGGGCCCAACUCCGGCCCAGCCAAGAAAUCUUCCGGUCCUUUGUCCCUCCAGCCUACCGGUCUCAUCACCUCUGGACCCCUCGGCUCCGGUCCAUUGGGCUCCGGCCCACUCUCUUCGGCCCACCGGAGAUCCGGCCAGCUAGACCAUACCGGCUCCGGGGUUGGAUCCGGCUCUAGCAAAGCGCUAUAUGGGUCCGCCGUCACUAGCUUGACGGAGCAUGUCAAGGUCGGUUUUAGGGUUUCGAGGCCAGUGAUGUGGGUGGUUUUGGUGGUGGUGGCCAUGGGGUUGCUUGUGGGUGCGUUCCUUAUGGUGGCAGUUAAAAAAGCGAUUAUUUUGGUGGCGGUGGGGGCGGUAUUGGUGCCCGUAAUCGGGGGACUUGUCUGGAAUUGCGUGUGGGGAAGGAGAGGGUUGUUAAGGUUCGUUAGGAAGUACCCUGACGCUGAGCUUAGAGGUGCUAUUGAUGGACAAUACGUCAAGGUCACUGGGGUUGUCACCUGUGGCAGUAUACCUCUGGAAUCAUCUUACCAGAGGGUACCCAGGUGUGUAUAUGUUUCCACGGAGUUGUAUGAAUAUAGGGGUUGGGGUGGAAAAUCUGCACAUCCCAAGCACCGUUUCUUCUCAUGGGGAUCUAGAUAUUCAGAGAAAUAUGUCGCAGAUUUUUACAUAUCAGAUUUCCAGUCUGGAUUGAGAGCAUUAGUGAAGGCAGGCUAUGGAGCUAAGGUUGCUCCAUUUGUCAAACCAGUUACAGUAGUUGAUGUAAAGAAGGAAAAUAGAGAUUUAUCUCCUAGCUUUUUACGCUGGUUAGCUGAUCGUAGCCUCUCCAGUGAUGACCGGAUUAUGCGCCUUAAAGAAGGGUAUAUAAAAGAAGGGAGUACUGUAAGUGUGAUGGGUGUGGUUCAACGCCAUGAUAAUGUGCUGAUGAUAGUUCCACCGCAGGAGCCUGUCUCAACAGGCUGUCAAUGGUUGCAAUGCCUACUCCCAACUUAUGUUGAAGGUCUUAUUUUGAUGUGUGAUGAUAAUCAAGACACUGAUGUAGUUCCUGUGUAGAUAUUCUGGUAUUUCAUCACAAUUUGGGUUCUUUCUUGAACUGGAUUCAACAAGUUAAUAGUGGAAGGGUGGUGAGCAGUGGUGAAUCAUGAGGCACCCCUGAACCACAUUCUCUUUGUUUCCAGGUUUUUAAGUGCAUAUAAAAUGGGCUUGAAAGUUCCAGAGCAAACUAGACUGAAGAUGAUGUGUGAGUGAAACGUAAUCUAGCACUAGAAGCAUUAAAUUUGCGGAGAUAGACUGGAGUUCACUAUGGGUUUUUGAUGCGCAAAGAAGCUGGAAAGAAAAUGUUGCAUCUAAAUGACACUGCACUGUGAUUUUGGCUGAUUUUUGUACAUAAAGUUGGGGUGAGAAACGGUUGCUUCAGAUGAGUUUGAUGUUAGUAUGGUAAGUAAAAUUGUCUGUAUAUUGGGGUCAAUAAAAAAUGACUCAGGAAUACGGCGUCGUUCUAAACUCUAAUGAUGUAUGAAAGAAAGUUAUUCGGCAUUUACACUAAAUUGGAGGCAUUAUGCAUGACAAUUUACCCUUC